AUGAACCAAUUGGAAACAAAUUUAGUUUUAUGGGCAAUAUGUUCCAUACUUUUAUUUGAAAUUUUAGUUAUCAUCUGUUUAUGCCGGUUCUGUUUCAAUCGUAUUAAGCCAAAAAGAUUUUAUGUCAAGCGAGAAGAAUUUGAAUAUCUACAAGGCGUUGGUGGAACAUCUUCACAAUUUCAGUCGAUAAUUCUUCGUCCGCCACAUGCUGACGAACUAGCAGUUGUUGGUACUAUUCGAGAACAAAAUCCUCCUAUACAUAUUGAUAAUGGAAAUCAAAAUUUUGGUUUCUAUCAUGAUAAUAGCGAUGAUGAAAUUAUUUCACCAACUCCCACUUCUCUUCCUACUCGUUCCCCUUCAGCAAUUCAACAUUCGAAUUGGAUUGAACUAAGACCACCACCAUCACUAACAUCAACUGGUAUAAUAAAUACUGCACAACUAUCUCCAGCUGACUAUGAAAUGCGUUCUUAUCCAAUAGAUGAUUAUCUUUAUACACGUCAACCAUCACCACCUCCUCGUUCAACUGUCAUCGAUUUUCAUCAAUAUAGAAAUGAAUACGAUAACGAUGAUCAUUUUAAAAAUGAAGAAAAUGAUGCUGAUGAUGAUGAUGAUGACGAUGAUGAAUUAGUAAACUUUCAAUUUCAUCCUCUUCGUCAUUCUGAUAUGUUUCAUUCAUAUACACAACGAAAAGAUACAUCAACUGAAUCAUUUGGUGGAAAUUAUUCAACAUUAAUGCCUAAAUCUAUCCUUAAAAUUAAUACAAGCACAACACCAUCACCACUUGAUCUAUUAACAACACCAUAUUUUCAAGCAGAACGCAGUCGAACAUCAUCAAAAUAUGAUGAGUCACCUCGAACUUCAGUCAAAAUAAAUACAGAUGAAUCGAUAUCAAUUGAUUAUCCAACCAGUGCUAUUGAAAAAACUACUCCAAUGGAAUCGAUUAUUACAACAAAUAUUCCAAUAACUUUAUUAUCUACACCAAAUCGAAUGCGUUUUGCCAGCGUUAGUCAAUUAAAUGAAAUUGAAUGGGAAGUACCACGAGAAUUUCAUACUGUCGUUUAUGAUAUAAAUGAAGAUCGACAACCACUUCGUAAUGCUUUAAUUUUUAGUUCAAAUGAUAAUUUAAAUAAUAAUAAUAAUAAUAAUAAUAACGAAAAACUAUUGAAUCGACAACGUAGUCAGUCUGCUGAUGUAGAUCAAAGAACACAUGUAUCACGAAUAUUUGUACCAUGGAAUCAUAAAAAAAAAGUUAUUCAAUCUUUUUAUUUAUCGAAUAAUAUCGAGCAAGGUGAUAUUACACAACAACAAGCAUUCGAAUAUUAA